UCUGUAGCCACACCCCUCUCAGGAAUAAGGAAGUAGGAAAGUGGGCGGAAUACAAUGAAAUACGAUGUUCCAGGAAGUCGGGUCUUAGAGACAUUUUCUGAGGUGUGGGGAAGAGACCUACAGACUCCAACAUUUCCAUAGAGAAGGUGAUGUCAUCUCGGGUCAUCUUCUGAUGUCAUGGCGACCUCUUCCUCCUCCUCACAAGGGUCGGCUCCUGGUGUCCUGGGAAAGGUCCCAAAAACCCCCGGGGAUCUUAUCAUAGAUUCUCUGGAGGAUCUGACAGGAAGGGACUUCAAGAGAUUUAGGAACAAAUUGUCUGAUUUCUCCUAUGGAAAUAAACGUCCCAUCCCCCAAGGAAAACUAGAAAAUGCAGACUGGAUCACCACCAAGGACCUCCUGAUAGUAAGAUAUGGAGAAGAAGGGGCUCUGGAUGUCACCAUUCUUGUCUUUACACUGAUCGGUCUGAUGGGACCCGCAGAUGACCUCCGGAAGAGGAGAGCACAACAUGCCAAACUGAAGAAGACGACACAUGAGAAAACAUUAUCAGACAUCAGUAAGGAACACAGAGAGUCUGAGAAGUUCCAGAGGAUUAAAGAAUAUAAUUCCCGUAUGGGGGAGGCUGUUCAUCUACAGGAAAUAUUCACCAAGUUAUGGAUGAUAAUCGGACCCCAGAAUAAAGAGGGAAAAGAAGAAGAAAUAAGGAGUUCAGGGAGAAGACAUCUACAGAACAUGGAGAAAAGACCCCCAACCACAAUCCUGGCCCUCUUUGACCCUGAUAAAUAUGGGUUCAUCCCUAAGAUUGUUGUGUUACAAGGAGCUGCUGGGAUUGGGAAAACAAUGACCUCCAAGAAGAUCAUGCUGGACUGGGCCUCUGAGGAUCUCUACCGAGACAAGUUUGACUUUGUGUUUUAUCUGAGCUGUAGAGAAAUCAACACCAUCCCUGGAGACAUAAGUCUUGUGGGACUUUUAUCCAGAACCUGCAGACUGAGUUCAGGUGACCUGGUGUCUAUUCUGGAGGAUCCUGGAAGUCAGAGAAAACUUCUCAUCAUAGUUGAUGGGUUUGAUGAACUGAGGUGGACUCUGGAGGGGAAAUCUGAGAGUUGUCCUGACAUUUCUAUGAAAACCCACAAAGAAAUAAUUCUCCAAAGCUUGCUCAGGAGACAGGUUCUCCCAGAAUCUUCUCUGAUCAUCACCACAAGGACACUGGCCAUGGAGAAACUUAACACAUUCAUUGAUGAUUCUCGCAAUGUGGAAAUCCAGGGAUUUACAAGGGAAGAUCGGGAGGAAUAUGUCCAUAAUUUCUAUGGAAAUAAAGAAGAUGCAGACAAGGUUCUCCGUAUAAUAAAAGACGAUGACGUUGUGUACACCAUGUGUGCCGUCCCCAUCACAUGCUGGAUUGUCUGCACUGUAAUGAAACAAGAAAUAAGAAAAGAUUUGGCUUUAAUUCGGUGUCAUACGACAACUUCAAUUUACCUUCUCUACCUGGAGAUUUUACUAACCCAUCACAUCAAGACGGAGCAGUCUGUACCCAGGAAACAAUCCUGUCUGAAGAAGCUGUGUGCUCUGGCCAAUCAGGGACUUCUGAACCAACAAAUCUUAUUUGAGAAGAAAGAUCUAGAAAGACAUGGACUUUCUCUGGAUGAGGUGGAGUCUGUAUUUCUGAAUGAGAACAUCUUUCAUUGGGAUGUCCGAACCCAGACCUGCUACAGCUUCAUCCACCUGAGUGUACAGGAGUUCCUUGCUGCUCUCUAUUAUGGGAUGGAUGAUGGGUCUGGGUCUAUGGAAGGGACUUUCCUCCCGGAGAUCUGUAAAGGGAAAUCACUUGAUGACCUCAGUGUAUUGUACCCACAUUUAUCAUUAUCUGUAAAAUUCCUGUUUGGUCUCUUAAAUGAAAAUCAGGUGAAAACAUUCUCAGAGAUCACAGGAAUCCCCAUCUCACUCCGAGCCAAACCUGCAAUCAUAGAAUGGGUCAUGAAGGACAUCAAUCAGGAUUUCUGUACUCAGACCAUCUUCUGUCUGUAUGAGACUCAGGAUGAGGACUUCAUUAGGAGAGUUAUGUCUGGAUGUACAAGUUUGUCUCUGUGUGGCUCACAUACUGGUCCCUUCUGGAUGAACAGGAAUUAUUCCAAGCAGCUGAUCUAUUGCUUGAAGACUUUGAAGAGAGAAAGUUUUCAGUCUUUAUAUUUUGAUUCUCUCACUGUGGGUCCAGAGUGCCAGAAACAUCUCUCUCCAUUCCUACACAGGAGUCAGGUGGUCAGAUUUGAGUGGUGUACUAUUUCCAGUAAAGAUUGUCUGGCAGAAGACAAAGCAGAAGAAGAAGAUUCCUGCUCUAUAGAAGAAGAAGAAGAAGAAGAAGAAGAUUCCUCCUCUUCAGAAGAUGAAACAGAGUCUGAUUCUCUUUCCUUUCUGAUGAACCCGGAGAGUAAAAUUCAGGAAUUACGGUUGGUUGGAUGUGGUGUGACUUCCUCCGGCUGUGAUGAUCUCCGAUCCAUUCUUAUCAAUAAUCGAUCCCUCACCACAUUGGACUUAUCAGAUAAUAAUCUGGAAGACUCUGGAAUAAAACUUCUAUGUGAGGGGCUCAGAGAUCCUGGCUGUACUCUGCAGACACUGAGGAUUUAUGACUAUAAAGUGACAUUGCGGAGCUGUGAUGAUCUUUCCUCCGUUGUCUCCACAAACCGAACUCUGACCUCUCUGGAGAUAACAUUGUAUGAUGAUUGGAAGAUAUCGGGGUCAGAAGUGGGACGUUGUUGUGAGGUCCUCCGGAAUGCCGGCUUCUCUGUGAAGAGACGGAUUGAAGGAAGAGGCUGGCAUGUAUCUAUAGACAGAGAAAGAUAAGAAGAUGGUGUGUGGGAGCUCCUCCCCCUCUCAGACGACCAGAGAUUUGUCUGCUGAUUGUGUCCCGGUGUUGGGUCUGCUGGAACUCUUCCAUGUAUAGAGGAUGUACUCACCGACACAUCGGAUUUCUCUGCAAUCCUCCAAAGUCUUCUACUCUUCAUGGAUAUAAUGGUCGCCUCCCAUUGAGAAUUCCCUCUUCUCCCCUCCCAAUAUUAUCAAUACGUACUAUGAUGAUGAUGAGGAUCAGACUCAUUAUUAGGAACCAUUCAUGGCGGAGAAAAUACAUUUUCUAAAGUUUCUGGCUGGAAAAAUCACUAAUACAGCCACAGAGACCACAUCUUCCUCUUACUGCUGUCCUACUACUCUCUGUCCUUCAUAGUACUCUCCAUCCUCCAUACUGCUCUCCAUCCUCCAUACUCCUCUCCAUCCUCCAUACUACUCUCCCUGCACUCUCUCUCUCUCUCCUCUCCUUGGAUGUAAUACAAUGAUGUGGCUCUAUCUAACAUAUACGACAUUACUGGCUCCCAAUGUCUCUCUCUGCAAUUUCUUUCUCCAUGUUGCUGACAUUAUCUUGUAUAAGAACAGAACCUGAUCCAUCAGCAAU